CCCCCACGCUCUUUAAAUGUUUCUUUAGCUUAGCUUCUCUCAUAUAUAGAGUAUACACAUAUUUCUUCUACUUACCCUCCUAUGAAACAUUAAUUUCUUCCUUUUCUUAAUAAAUACCAGCCAAAUUCACAACAUAAGCCACUAUUCCCAAUUGACAUAGAAGUCCCUCGCCUUUUUCUUUGAUUAGCUUAAGGGGAAGUUAAUUCGUAGGUUUGUGAAUACAGAUUCUCGUCACUCAAUUUUUAGAGCUGAGCCAACUGAUUCAGUGGUUUCAUGGCGUCGGCUUCCUUACGCUGCAUCUCCAACACUGUCUGUGCUAUGGAUGCCUCUAGUCGGCUCGGCUCGAGCUUGGUUAAGCGGCUACUUGAAAGAGGCUUCACAGUCCAUGCUGCUAUUCAAAAUCAUGGUGACUAUGAGUUGAUAUCGUUGCCGCCAUAUGACAAAAAGGGAUUGGAGGUUUUUCAGUCGGACCCUUUUGAUUACCAUAGCGUACUUGAUGCUUUGAAGGGUUGUUCUUGUUUGUUUUAUUCCUUUGAGCCUCCCAAGGACCACUCCAAUGCUUAUGAUGAAUAUAUGGCAGAAGUGGAGGUUAGGACAGCACAUAAUGUAUUGGAAGCAUGUGCACAAACUGAAACCAUAGAAAAAGUUGUAUUCACUUCCUCAGCAACUGCAAUUAUUUGGGGACAUGAUCAUAAAAAAUCUGAAUCCUUGGAUCUUGAUGAAAGGCAUUGGAGUGACAUCAACUUUUGUCGUAAAUUCAAGCUAUGGCAUGCUUUAGCAAAAACACUAGCAGAGAAAACAGCAUGGGCAUUGGCAAUGGACAGAGGUUUGAACAUGGUGUCAAUCAACUCAGGACUAUUAAUUAAUCCUGAUUUAAACAUCACAAAUCCUUAUUUAAAAGGAGCUGCGGAAAUGUAUGAAGAUGGAGUUCUUGUGACUGUUGAUCUUGAUUUCUUAGUGGAUUCUCACAUUUAUGUUUAUGAAGAUAUCUCAACUUAUGGCCGAUAUUUGUGCUAUAAUCACACCAUUAAUACCACAGAAGAUGCUUUUAAGCUUGCUGAAAAAUUGUUCCCUUUGCCUUCCUCCCCUCCAAGUUUUGAGAGGGAUACAAGGAUAAUCCAGCAGAGGAUAAGCAACAAGAAAUUGAACAAACUCAUGGUUGACUUUAGAAAAUCAGAGAAAGGCCUUUUGGAAAAUCAAGAAGAUUGCUUGUGAAAGUAGUAUAUGUUAUCCAGCUUAUUUAAUUGUCCUUUGGACAUGUCCUAAGGUCAUUAAAUUUGACAGCAAUAUUUAAAAGUUUGAUUUAUAUAUACAGUCUGUGUAAAGAAGUUUUAUAGCAUUAAGUUACUUUUUCCUGUUGUAACA